GUUUUCUUUCCCUCUUUCUCUCCCAUGAUAUCACUCCCCCACAUUUGCACUUCUCUCUCGAACUCAUUAAGAAGGGUGCUCCCUAAACAGCCCGUCACCAAGGAAAAAAACUCAAGAAAAUGGCGAAAUUAGUCUUGUUGUUUGCCGUCUGUAUUCUCCCGGCGAUUGCCAGUGCUCUCUACCACAACGGCCCUUUCAUUGUACAAGGCAAAGCCUACUGCGACACUUGCCGUUGUGGCUUCGAGACCCCCGUCACCAAGUACCUCGCCGGUGCGACGGUCAGGAUUGAGUGCAGAGACAGGGCCACCCAGAAGCUCAAAUACAGCAACGAUGGCGUUACCGACGAAACAGGAACAUACAAUAUAAUGGUGAACACUAACUGCGGUGACGAUAUUGCUGAGGCAGUCCUCGUUAAGAGCCCGGAUCCUAAAUGUGCUACACCGGACAAUGGUCGUAACCGUGCCCGUGUAGUCGUCACCAAUUACAAUGGCAUGACAUCGAAUAUUCGCUACGCCAAUAACAUGGGAUUCUUGCAGGAUGAGCCUUUGCCUAGCUGCCCCAAAAUCCUCCAGACAUACCAGCAAGUCGAUGAAUAGAAAUAACUGAUGCUUGCUAGCCUCCUUUUAUAAAAGCUUAGGACUUAUUGGUGCUAAUGUUGCCAUGGCAAUCACUAUUAAUGUCUUAUUAAUUAUGGGUGGUGGUGUUAUGGCUGAUGUCUCUUCAGUUUAAUAAGCAAUGUAUUUUACAUUAAGUAGUCACUUAAGCUUCAAAUUUAACUUGUUUCUUGCUAUUCUAGCUAAAGGUGCUUGGUGUAUUUUGUAUGUUUCAAACGGGGCGAUAAAAUAAAACCUAAUCUUGAUUUUGCAUUGAAAAAUCGUGGAUUUUUUUGGGUAAGUCAAAAGGGUG